AUGUCCGCUUCACACCUGACCGCCUCUGCUCCUUCUCCGGUCUCCAUUACCAACACUUCCCCCAGCUCCUUCACCCUUCCCUCAAAUACUCGUUCAAUCCCCCUCGCACAUCCACCCCAUCAACAACCACCAUCCCCAACAUCCUCACCUUCCACAUCCUCCCCCAAACAUUCGCCUUAUCACCCACAAGGUGCCCGCGAUAGCUCUCGUCGCUCUAAAUCAGAAACUCCUUCGCCGCAGAGAUCCGUAGCGGAAAUACCAUCAAUACAGACUCAAUCCCCACCGAACCCCCACCAAAGCCACAAUCACCGCGGCAACCGAACAUCGAACUCCCCAAUAACCAACCAAUUUCUCAUGCUCAGUGGCGAGCGACCUCCAUCACCGUUAACGCUAACCUCCGCACUCGCACCCCCAUCCGUAAUGCCAAUGACCGCCUCCGGCAUUUCCGCAAACGCAUCAGUAGCGAAGUCAACCUCCUCCUCACGUAGGUCACCAGCUGCAAGCUUAACGCUCUCAAUGCUCCCCUCGGCUUCGGGCUCAAUGGUACAGCCGCCCACCAGCGCUGCUGCCACGGCAGCUACAUCUUCACAAAUGUCCACUACUUCAGCUUACAUCCACCACCACCAGGCGUACGCGCACUCGCUAUCGGCGCAGCACAAGCUGCAAUUACAUCAGAAGGAGAUCAUCUCCCAAGCCACCAGGGCCGCCGGUAUCCCCCCGCACCUACUCAGCACCGGACCGAUGUCACCGCGGUUAAUACCCCUCGGGUCGCCAGGCCCAGUCACCCCUCUUACGCUCGAAGACAACCCCGGUGGAUUCUUUGCGUCGCAUGCGGGAGCGCUGGAGCACCAACAAUUGAACCAGCAGCUGACAAUGGUUGCUUCUGGAGGCGCUAUGCAGUCAUGACAUCAAUCGAGCCCGGGAAAUGGCAAUAGGAAGAGGAAAAGGGAAGAAGGGAAUGUUAUCUCUAUUGAGUCAAUUUCUUGAUGAAAUUCUUGUUCUAUCAUAUCAUUCCUAGUUCUCUUACCUCUUCUUAUCUGCACAUUUGUCAUUCCCAUCCAUUCUAUCACUUUUCGUUUAUUCCAUUCUUGCAUAGCCAGUAGUACUUAUGGGUCAGGUUGAGGGGAGGGGAAAAGGCCGGUUUUAUUUAUGCAGGAUAGCAUAGGCGUACGGGUUUUUUAUUUCAUUUUUAUUUAUUUCAUAUUACUUUUUUAUCUAUCCGUUCAAUUCUCCCCAUCUUUCCAAAAAAAUAUAUCUCUAACGGCGCAAAAAAAAAAAAACCGAAACGAAACAAAAAAGAGGGCGAUUUGAGAAGCAAUCAAUCUCUCUGCCUCUCUGCCAAGAAAAAAAGAAGAGAAGAAAAAAGCAAAGAAAGAACGAACAAACAAACAAAACAGAUUUUUGUACUACAAAGAAGCUAUGAUAUGUAUAUGUCCAAUGGUUACUCUUUUCCUGCGCCUGAACUACUACAACAAUCUUGUAUAUACGUUCCCUCUCUUCAC